CAUUAGCCAUCCUUGCAGUCGAUUUUCACAGUGGUUCGGACUCCCGCGGGAUGAGGGCGUGUGUGUGCGCCAGAUGGUUCCGUGACUGCGUUGGGAGAUAUUGAGCCCUACCAGCUGAAGCAAACCUCCAAACCACAUCCAACUCUGCAUGAUGUUGUUUGGCCGAGACCGCCUGCUGUCGCCAGCCAAGCUCCAGAGCUUGGAUGAACACAAGUACAGCUGCCAGAGCAACAGCAUCCUGGAUCCUUUCAUGCAGCCAUGGUGGAAUUGGCUGGUGACCAAGUGUCCACUGUGGCUGGCACCCAACCUCAUCACGCUGGCUGGCCUGGCUGUCAACAUCAUCACCACACUCAUUCUGGUGUACUACAGUCCAGAUGCCAAGGGCAAGACGCCGCAGUGGGCCUGCUUCCUGGUGGCGCUCGGCCUCUUCAUCUACCAGAGCCUGGACGCCAUCGACGGCAAGCAGGCGCGCCGCACCGGCACCUCGUCACCGCUGGGCGAGCUGUUCGACCACGGCUGCGACUCCGUCUCCGUCAUAUUUGUGGUGGUGGGCGUGUCGACGAUGACCAGCCUGGGCGAGUACCCGAUGAUGAUGUUCGUGGUCUGCUUCACGGCCAUCUCACUCUUCUACUGCGCCCACUGGCAGACGUUCGUCUCAGGCACGCUGAAGUUCGGCAAGAUCGACGUGACUGAGGAGCAGUGGUGCGUGAUCGGCCUGUACCUGGUCGGCGCCGUGUUCGGGCCCGACGUUUGGAAUACCCAGAUCCGACUGGGCGCCGUGACCCUGCCCCUGAAGCUGGUCACGUGCGCGGUCACCGUGGCCAUGGGCGGCUUCCACGUUCACCAGUAUUUCGGCCGCAUUUUCCGUGGAGGUGUGGGCAAAAACGGAUCCAGCGUGGCCGGUACGUCGGUGCUGUCGCCUAGCAUCCCGCUGGCACUAGUGGUCGUGCCGGCGUUCGUCAUCUACCGCAAGUCCUUGCAGAUUGUCUACGAGACCCACCCAGUGCUCUACAUAUUCGCUUUUGCCAUGGUGGCCUCUAAGGUCACCUGCAAACUGGUGGUGGCGCACAUGACCAAGUCCGAGCUGGAGUACUUCGACUCCUGCAUGAUCGGGCCGGCCAUGCUGUUCCUCAACCAGUACUUCAACACGUUCUUCCGCGAGUACUAUGUGCUGUGGGUGUGCUUGAUCUGGGGCCUGGUUGACUUCCUCGACUACUGGCGCAAGAUCUGCAACGAGAUCUGCGCGCACAUGAACAUCCUCUGCUUCCGGAUCCGGCCUCAGGUGCCGCCGGCGGCGGCCUCCGGCUCAGACCGCUGGGAUCCGGUCAAGUCGCCGCUGCUGCUCAAGAGCCGCUCCAACCGCAGCUCGACAGAGUCUCUGCGCGAGGUGACCUGUGUCGACGGCCAGACCAGGAAGGGCACGUGAAGCCGGCAAGUUCGGCCGGCAAAGGAAAGUAUCCCCGACUGGUCGGUGGCGGCGCGCUUUCUGAGGGUCCUGCGGCUCCCUCAUUGUCAGAUCAAGAACCUCCGCUCUGCAGGGCCGCAGACACGGACCGUGCCGGCAGAGAGCGACGAAUUACGUGAGCUUUUGACUGUUCGAGUGUAUAGUGACGAUGGUUGGCGAGGGGUCUGGCGGAAAGCGAUGUCACUUUGGUGUGUAAUGGUGAUUAGUGAAUGCUGCGCGUUGCUGCCGAUGCAAUGGAAUGCUAGAACUUAUUUGUGUAACACUCUAGUGGUAGACUAAGUUUGACAUUAGAGUGGACGAUGUGCAUAGUGGAGAAAAUCGGACCUGUCUAUGUCCGUUCUACGCGGUGUGGUGCGCCACCACACAGGAUGUGCUCACGCUUGCUUAUUGACAGGAUGUACGGAAGAAAAUAUGUGUAAAGUUCAGCGCAUGGGUGGACACUGGAACAAACGUGUGGUCGGUAACAUAUGCGUCAGUAUUUGUGUAUGGUAUGACAUUCUGGCCAUAUCUGUGCUCGACCCAGUUCUCGGACGGAUUCUCCGGCCGCCUCAGUGACUUCCGUGGCGUCCGCCUGACAGCAGCUUUAAUGCAUCUCGUGUCUGUCUGCUCUCUAAAUGAACGAUGCGGGAGGCAUGCCUUCUAAGUUAUUGUACAUGCUGCGCCAGAAAUACACCUCUAUUUUGCUG